AUGGGAAGAACGCGCUCGAUACGCAACACCUAUAGCCAGAAGUGUGCAGCCCGGUUGGAAUCUGCACUUGAUAUUACGAUGAAACGAACACAGCAGCGAUCAGGAUUCGGAUCGCUGAUUGACUUCUCCAGCACGGGCACCCAGCGGCAGUCGCUGUUCAACCGUUCACCUUACAACAACUACGAAGAGGACAUCGAACAGAUCGUGUCCGACUACAAGCAAAAGUACAACGGUCAGCCAGGUUCGGCAUCGUUUUUCCCAUCGUCAGGUCUGUCCUCAACGUCCCAGGUCGAGGUGGCUAAUCUACGAGUACGCAUACCGCAGAACAUGCACUGGGUCGUCGUAGAUCGGUGUCGGUUUACCGAACAAAACCGAACGUUGGACACAAAGCUGGAAUUUCCGGACCUGCAAAUCAGUGGUCGAGUGAUUAUGCACCCAUCCGGCGGCCGAUGUGAUAUGAUUUUGCGGUUGCGCCGGGCGGGUAUUGAGUUCCGAACGAUCCCGCUACUAACGACGGGUGGGAUAGGCGAACGAAGCAGACAGGCCAAUGUGAGAACGGAUUCACACUUUUCCGAACCGGGUUUUAUUUCGGUAUUUGCGCACAGUUGCGAAGGGCCCACCGGGAUUAAGUAUCGAAUCAACUCGAAGAGGCGGCAUUUUAUUUCGAAACACCAAACAAACGGCUAUGACAAUUUCUACCAGAAAGACUACGGUAAUGAGUUCCAGCGAAACAUGGAACACAAACGAUCGAUGAAUUUGAACGAGGAUGACGGUUUGAGCGAUAAGGAUAUCCUGAAGCUUACCGAUGGGGAUUCUCUGUUCCUCUCGCCCGCCUCUAUGUUGGUCGACGUAGCGGACGAGAAUCGUCCGCUAUCGUCGAAUUCUUCCCCGUUCAGCAUUGAUCAGACCAACAACGGGCGGACGUUACAUUCGGAGAGAAAUCCAUUUGCGUACAAUGCCUACGCUGGCAACGGUGCCGGCUGGCAGACGGUGGAAACCAACGAAGCCCUUGAUGAGGCCUAUUCCAAUGAGAUUGAUAAUCUCUUUUCGAAGGGCGUUCGGGGGUUGUUGACGAGCUACAUGCAGAAGGCACUGCAGCCGGCGAUCAAGGAAACACUGAUGGAAAGUAUGGGCUAUACGUUGUCGUACGGCUGA